AGGGAGAGAGAGCCCGAGCGAGAGGGAGAAAAAAAUAUGAAACAACUCAUUUGCAGAGGAGUAAAUCACGGAAAAGCCGUUUGAGAGCGCGACAGGGCUCCCGCUUACAGCACUAUCACCGGAAUUGUGAUGCGCACAAGCCCUUCCUCCUCUACUUCUCCCUCUUCUUCAUCUUCCUUUUCCUUUCUUCUUCUUCGCCGGAGAUUUUAUGGAAUCGCCGUGAUUGUUCAUAUUGUUGUUGCCGUUGUUGUGGUGGUGGCGGUUUUGGCUGGCUACGCACGUCGCAAGUGGUUCGUCUGUUGUGGCCGCGAGGACAAGCACAACAACGGUCAUCGCCACCGGCGGCAGAUCUGCCUCGCGCUCUCCGUCUCCCUCCCCUCCACCUCACUGCAUGUGUGUCGCCGCUCGCCUGUGUUAAAGCGCACGGAAGAAGCAGGGAAAAAGACAAGCCCCGGCCGCUUCCCCGAGCCCCACUCCGCCGAGAAGAACACAAACUAAAAGCAAACAGAAACAAAGAUGAGUUCAUAUUUCGUCAACUCGCUCUUCUCCAAAUAUAAAAGCGGGGAGUCGUUACGUCCAAACUAUUACGAGUGCGGUUUCGCGCAGGACCUGGCCGGAACCCGGCCCACCGUGGUUUACGGCCCGGGCUCCGGUGCCACUUUCCAGCACGCUCCGCAAAUCCAGGACUUCUACCACCACAGCGCCUCCACGCUGCCCAGCAAUCCGUACCAACAGAGCCCCUGCGCGGUCACAUGCCACGGGGAGCCGGGCAACUUCUACGGAUACGACGCCCUGCAGCGACAGACGCUCUUCGGGGCCCAGGACGCGGACCUGGUCCAGUACAGCGACUGUAAGCUGGGUGGCGCGCCGGGACUCGGCGGCGACGACGCGGAGGGAACCGAGCAGAGCCCGUCUCCGACGCAGCUGUUCCCCUGGAUGAGGCCGCAAGUAGCUGCGGGUCGGAGGCGAGGCCGACAGACCUACAGCCGAUACCAGACCUUGGAGCUGGAGAAGGAGUUCCUCUUCAAUCCCUACCUGACCCGGAAACGGCGCAUCGAGGUGUCGCAUGCGCUGGCGCUGACGGAGAGGCAGGUGAAGAUCUGGUUCCAGAACCGGAGGAUGAAGUGGAAGAAGGAGAACAACAAGGACAAGUUCCCCAGCAGCAAGAGCGAGCAGGAGGCCGUGGAGAGGGAGAGGAGAGAGAAGGAGCUGCGGGAAACCGGCGCAAGCGGCGGUGAAGGUGGCGGAGGAGGAGGCGGCUCGGUGGCGGGCACUGCAGGAUCACAGGCCUCUAUAAGUGAGGAUUGCUGCGAGAAAACACACAAGCAAAUGUAAAAAAAGGGAAGCGGCAAAGUUCGGAGGUGAGGUUGCGGAGGAUGGAGGAUGUAAAUGGGAGGGGGGAGUUUUGUCUUAAUUGAAGGACGCUGGAAUGCCCCCCGCUGUGUCCACGAUCCAAAAACUGGAAUCUGCAAAACGGACUGGAGCUGGACGGAGACGAGGUGGCCUCAGGACUCUCUCUGCUGGCUGUAAAAAAUCCAACAAAGCAAGAAAAGGAACUUGAAAAAAUAUAACUGAGGGUGAUGGAGGGAGGGGGGCAUCCAAGUCAAACAAACAAACAAACAUAGUCUAGUGUAUAAAAGAAAAAACAAAAACACGAGAAAAAAGAAAGAAAAUGAUGAUAGCUUCCUUUCUUUGUGGAACAAUUAUUGUGGAAACAUUUCUAUAUUGUUAGAAGUUUAUCAUUAACAACUUUAUCUUUGGCAGCUGUAUAGUUUUUAAGUUAAAAUGAUGAUGGUGCACUUUUUACUGUACUUCUCACUUAUAUGUUGUUGUUGUUAUGGCAAUGAUUGAUGAUGAUGAUAAUAAUGAUGAUGACGUAGCAAUUAAUGAAAUUUCCAACAACAUGAAACUGCCUAUUUAUGCCGUUUUAGUAGGUCGGGUCUCUUUUUUACACACUCUAAUUGUCGUUUUAGUUUGUUUCUUGAUCAGUGGUGUUUGUUUAUGUUGUCUUCAUUUCUUCUCUUUUGGGUAAAAACGCAUGCGCACAGUGCAGAUUAAAAAAAGAGAACAUUCAUAAAAAUAAAAAAGUGUCCUACAACUGCG